AUGGGCGAGAAGCCCUAUAAGUGUGACCCCUGUACAGCGGAGUUCACCCAGAGUUUUAGCCUGUCGCGCCACAAGCGAAAACACACUUGUGAGAAACCCUUCAAGUGCGACAUCUGUCCUGCAGAGUUGAGCUCCAGUGCGGGCCUGUUGUAUCACAAGCGAAAACACAUGGGCGAGAAGCCCUAUAAGUGCGACUUCUGUACAGCGGAGUUCACCCAGAGUUUUAGCCUGUCGCGCCACAAGCGAAAACACACUGGCGGACACACGGGCGAGAAGCCAUACAAGUGUAAUCUCUGCCCUGCAGUGUUCAGCCACAGGACAGCACUGUCACAUCACAAGCACGCACACACGGGAGAAAAGCUGCACAAGUACGACCUCUGUCCUGCAGAGUUCAGCUCCAGUGCGGGCCUGUUGUAUCACAAGCGAAAACACAUGGGCGAGAAGCCCUAUAAGUGCGACUUCUGUACAGCGGAGUUCACCCAGAGUUUUAGCCUGUCGCGCCACAAGCGAAAACACACUGGCGGACACACGGGCGAGAAGCCAUACAAGUGUAAUCUCUGCCCUGCAGUGUUCAGCCACAGGACUGCACUGUCACAUCACAAGCACGCACACACGGGAGAAAAGCUGCACAAGUACGACAUCUGUCCUGCAGAGUUCAGCUCCAGUGCGGGCCUGUUGUAUCACAAGCGAAAACACAUGGACGAGAAGCCCUAUAAGUGUGACUUCUGUACAGUGGUGUUCACCCAGAGUUUUAGCCUGUCGCGCCACAAGCGAAAACACACUGGCGGACACACGGGCGAGAAGCCAUACAAGUGUAAUCUCUGCCCUGCAGUGUUCAGCCACAGGACAGCACUGUCACAUCACAAGCACGCACACACGGGACAAAAGCUGCACAAGUACGACCUCUGUCCUGCAGAGUUCAGCUCCAGUGCGGGCCUGUUGUAUCACAAGCGAAAACACAUGGGCGAGAAGCCCUGUAAGUGCGACUUCUGUACAGCGGAGUUCACCCAGAGUUUUAGCCUGUCGCGCCACAAGCGAAAACACACUGGUGAGAAGCCCUUCAAUGUUCAGCCACAUCACAAGCACGCACACACGGGAGAAAAGCUGCACAAGUACGACCUCUGUCCUGCAGAGUUCAGCUCCAGUGCGGGCCUGUUGUAUCACAAGCGAAAACACAUGGGCGAGAAGCCCUAUAAGUGCGACUUCUGUACAGCGGAGUUCACCCAGAGUUUUAGCCUGUCGCGCCACAAGCGAAAACACACUGGUGAGAAGCCCUUCAAUGUUCAGCCACAUCACAAGCACGUACACACGGGAGAAAAGCUGCACAAGUACGACCUCUGUCCUGCAGAGUUCAGCUCCAGUGCGGGCCUGUUGUAUCACAAGCGAAAACACAUAGGCGAGAAGCCCUAUAAGUGCGACUUCUGUACAGCGGAGUUCACCCAGAGUUUUAGCCUGUCGCGCCACAAGCGAAAACACACUGGUGAGAAGCCCUUCAAGUGCGACCUCUGUCCUGCAGAGUUCAGCUGUGGCGCGAAUCUCGCGCGCCACAGUGUUCAGCCACAUCACAAGCACGUACACACGGGAGAAAAGCUGCACAAGUACGACCUCUGUCCUGCAGAGUUCAGCUCCAGUGCGGGCCUGUUGUAUCACAAGCGAAAACACAUGGGCGAGAAGCCCUAUAAGUGCGACUUCUGUACAGCGGAGUUCACCCAGAGUUUUAGCCUGUCGCGCCACAAGCGAAAACACACUGGUGAGAAGCCCUUCAAGUGCGACCUCUGUCCUGCAGAGUUCAGCUUGUUCAGCCACAGCACAGCACUGUCACAUCACAAGCACGCACACACGGGAGAAAAGCUGCGCAAGUGCGACCUCUGUCCUGCAGAGUUCAGCUCCAGUGCGGGCCUGUUGUAUCACAAGCGAAAACACAUGGGCGAGAAGCCCUAUAAGUGCGACUUCUGUACAGCGGAGUUCACCCAGAGUUUUAGCCUGUCGCGCCACAAGCGAAAACACACUGGCGGACACACGGGCGAGAAGCCAUACAAGUGUAAUCUCUGCCCUGCAGUGUUCAGCCACAGCACAGCACUGUCACAUCACAAGCACGCACACACGGGAGAAAAGCUGCGCAAGUGCGACCUCUGUCCUGCAGAGUUCAGCUCCAGUGCGGGCCUGUUGUAUCACAAGCGAAAACACAUGGGCGAGAAGCCCUAUAAGUGCGACUUCUGUACAGCGGAGUUCACCCAGAGUUUUAGCCUGUCGCGCCACAAGCGAAAACACACUGGCGGACACACGGGCGAGAAGCCAUACAAGUGUAAUCUCUGCCCUGCAGUGUUCAGCCACAGCACAGCACUGUCACAUCACAAGCACGCACACACCGGAGAAAAGCUGCGCAAAUGCGACCUCUGUCCUGCAGAGUUCAGCUCCAGUGCGGGCCUGUUGUAUCACAAGCGAAAACACAUGGGCGAGAAGCCCUAUAAGUGCGACUUCUGUACAGCGGAGUUCACCCAGAGUUUUAGCCUGUCGCGCCACAAGCGAAAACACACUGGCGGACACACGGGCGAGAAGCCAUACAAGUGUAAUCUCUGCCCUGCAGUGUUCAGCCACAGCACAGCACUGUCACAUCACAAGCACGCACACACGGGAGAAAAGCUGCGCAAAUGCGACCUCUGUCCUGCAGAGUUCAGCGAGAGUGCGGGCCUGCGGCGUCACAGGCGAACACACACGCGCGAGAAGCCAUACAAGUGCGACCUCUGCCCAGCGGAGUUCAGCCAGGGCGCGAGUCUGUCGCAUCACAAGCGAAAGCACACUGGCGAGAAUCCCGUUCCUGCAAGCUUGAGCAAGAGCAGGACCUAUGUCGGCGUGAAGAAGUACAACCUGUGUCCUGCAGAGUUCAGCCACAGCAACGUGUACCCACAGCAGGGAUUCAGUGACUCCUUUGACAAAAAAGUUUGGGUGUGA